AUGGCCGGUGUGGGCAGCGACGGAGAAGGCGAAAACAUGACAGCCGACUUCUGUGAAAAACAAGCAUCCAGUUCUGCCCAAAAUUUCGUGCAUAAUUUCUUAGCUUUUGAUCGGAAUCACCCCGCCGUCGGUCGGACCAGGGAUCCUUAUGACUAUGCUAAGAAGUUUACCGAGUUUUUUAUGAGGUAUUUCGAUUAUGAGAUUCGGAGAACAGCGUUACAUUCUUCCAGUAGCCAACACACGGAAGUCAAUUCUUUGUUGUCAGAGCCCAGAGCUGUCGCAACUACUACAACUUCAUCAUCGUCAUCAACAACAACUACCACCACCAGCACUCCAGAGUCCACUUCUCGGACAGGGGAUACUCAGCAGUACAACGGUACUGACCACAAUCAUCAUGCGGAGGAUUACGAACAUGACAGCAGCCCCGACCGAGGCAACAGCCCCACACGGAAACCAGGGAAAGGGAUUUUGAGAAGAUUCUCGUUUAAAAGUAUUCGAAAAUCAAAAUUAUUUAAGCAAGGAACCGAAGAAGGCGAACCUCCUUCGCCCAAUCCUAGAUCCAAACAAAAACUGAAAAAGGAUGGGAAGAAUCGGACAUCCAGUAUACAGCAGGAUGUUCACAAAGAAGGAAUUGUAAACGUUUUGACUGGGGAAGACGCCAAAGGAAAGUCCAGGUGGGAGAAGACCAAGCUGGUCCUGGUAAAAAAUCAAAGUGGGUUCCAGAUGGAAUUUUACUCACCCCCAAAGUCUGUGAAACCCAGGACAGGCCUGUUUUGUUUCCUCAUCAGCGAAGUUCGGGAGACCACAGCCCUGGAGAUGCCGGACAGAGAGAACACUUUUGUCAUCAAGGGAGAUGGCACAAUAGAGUAUGUGGUUGAAGCUCAGGACCCGGCAGACCUGCGAGCUUGGCUGACAGAAAUCCGCAGAUGCAUCCAGCAAAACAACUGUGCUGCUACUGCUGAAGGAAUUGCGGCAAUGAGGCCAAGGCUACCCACAGCUCCAUCUGGAUCUAUAGAAAGAAAAGACUCUGGACAGCUGACCCCUCAACAACGAAGUUCCUCCCAGGGUAGCCUAGGCAGUGGCACUCCUGCGGUUCCAUCUCUUCCUUCUCCCCGACCCUGGAGUAUGAUCCACGUGGACCAUAACAGUCCCCCUCAUGUGCAGAACAUCAUUGCUGGGGAGCUGCGGGGCUCGCCCAGGGCGGACAGCCUACUUGAUCAGGGCAGUCACGCCGAGAACCAGGAAAGUGAGGGUGGGAUUGACCGCAUUCUGCGGGAGUACCCUUGGUUUCACGGGACGUUGUCUCGAGCUGAGGCUGCCCAGCUGGUCUUGCAGCAAGGUCCUUCCGGACACGGGGUGUUCUUGGUGCGCAAGAGCGAGACUCGGGCUGGAGAAUAUGUACUCACUUUUAAUUUUCAAGGUCGAGCAAAGCACCUGAGAAUGACAAUCAGUAACGAAGCCAGGUGUCGGGUCCAGCAUCUGUGGUUUGAGACCAUCUUUGACAUGCUGGAGCAUUUCCGAACCCACCCCAUUCCUCUGGAGUCCGGCGGCACGUCAGAUGUGACACUGAGUGACUUUGUUGUUGCCAUUGAGAGACCGUGGACCUCCGGUACUUCCCACGGGUCACCCAGGGCAAGAAGUGGCUCGGCUACUCACCACGGCCACGGACAGUUGGCCACUUCAGCCUACGAAGGAG